GAGGCGCCCAGCGGCGCCCGCAUCCGCGCCGUCUUCCACCUGAAGGCCUCCCUGGCUCUGGCUGUGCUGGAGGACGGCGACAAGGAGGGCGCCGGCCUGCCCCUCUGCCUGCUGGUGGACCUCGGGGGCGCCGCGCCUCCGCGGCAGCUGGACAUCCCCCCCCCGUGCCCCGCCGACGGGUACGAGCCCGGCGCGCGCCGCAGCCUGCCGCCGGGCCUCGUGGACGUCGACGAGCUCGAGGGAACGCUCGGCGGGGCGACGACAGCGGCGCUGCCGGGCGGCGCCGACCGCCUGGUCGCCUGCGAGCUUCUGACCCAGCGCUUCCAGGAGCGCCGCGACGCGGGCGCUCAGCAGGCGCUGCUGUGCCUCUACCGCAGCAGCCGCGUGUGCGUCGUUACCCUGCAGGACCUGGAGGCCCACUCGCAGCUGCUCUUCGAGGAGGCGGCGAACGACCGCGAGCGCAGCGACGUGCCCGUCUGCUGCGCGGCGUGCCACGACCCCGACGCGGGCUCCGCGCACGUGGUCGUGGGUUACGCCUCGAUGGCCGUGCGGUGGUGGCAGGUGUCGCUGGGGCAGUGCCGGCUGCUCACCCAGGUGCUCCUGGCCUGCCCGGUGCAGCACCUGGCGCUGCAGGCAUCGCCCCCGCCGGACGAAGCUGCAGGCGAUGCGGGCCCGGCCGUGGGCGGCCCCGCCGGACGGCGCGCAAAGCCGCCAGGGAGGCCCGAUGUCGCGGGGGUGGGCGCCGCGGCGAAGCCCGCCAGCCUGCUGGUCGUCGGGCUGGACAGGUCUGGCGCCCUGGUGCUGCUGGUCGGCAGGGCCGGCCGCAGCAUCGCCCGGCUGCACGUCUGCCGCCACUGUGCCUGCCGCCGCAGGGGCUGA